CGCUCUUCAACGUAGGAGGCGAGACUUGUUCAAGAGUCAAAACAUGCGACAGGUGUAUAGCUUGGGAGCCAAACAAAACGUGGGAAAGAAAGUGCGAUAUUUAUUUUAAUCCUUCACAAAAUGUGUAAUUUAUGACAUAAUCGUUAUACAAUGUUAGAAAUUUUCCUGCAUUGAAAUGGAUCUAGGUCACGUAAAUGUGCGAGGACAAAAUGUUGAUCUCCUUCAUCAAGCCAUUCACCCUGACUAUGGAGUUGUGUGGACGGAUGGUAAGACCAUUUACCUCGCCCCAGUACAGCUUUCACAUGGCCAAGUGGUCAAUCAACGGGCAUUAAAGCUGGGGAAGUUUGAACACAGUGUGAGGAGCAUUCACUGGAGCUGUAACAUUGGCCCCCACACCUGUUAUAUGUGUGUUGUCCACACCCAGCAUCUGUCCCUCUGGAAGGUGGAUGGGGUCAUACCUAAACUCAACUUCAAGCAAGUCCGAAAACUAAAUGUACAACCAAUCUCAAAAGGUUGUUUAUGGAAUCCCUGUAGAGACAUUCUGUGUAUCCUCAGUAAACAACAGUGCAGCUUUUUUUUCAACCAUGCCCAGGACAGAGGAAGCUUUGCACUUCCACCAUUGGAAAGCGGGACAAUCAGCUGUGGGGUGUGGUCACAUGACGGUCAGCGACUAGUGCUCUGUGUGGGGGCUGUCAUCCUGAUGUACACGUGGGAUGACAUAGACCAGUCCAUCAGCAGCUUCACCCCCUCUGCCUGGAAGAUCCCAGGAUUAGACUGCAGCAUUAGAUCUGUGGUCCUGCUAUCUAGGUCACUGCUGGUAUGUGCCACAGAGUUGCCCCUGGAGUCUCUCUGUAAGAACCAGGACAUGUUUGACGCUCCCACUGUGUUUAAUGGAGACCAUCACCCACACAACAAUGGAUCUGACAUAAUUGUGCCAAAGAAACAGAACUCCUCUCAAUCCAUCACAGGAACACUGUUCAACCUGCCAAGAAAUCCACAGAGUGUUAUGCAAGAAACAGCACAGCUGGUGACAAUCCAAUUACGAGAAAAUCGAGAUCCCCACAGAAAGAGCUGUGCCCGACUUCAUGGACUUCUUUCCCCAGAAAUCCUUAUCUUUGAGCCCAGCUUGAGAUCCCUGGUUGUUGGAAGCAACACACAGAACGUCCUUCAAGUGUUCACCUUUGCCAAGGAGGGACCUGGUGGGGACUUAAUCAAGUCAGCAGAAAUUCAUAUGGACAAACUGGAGAGACCAAAAGGAAUUGGUCUCAUUCCCAAGGGUGUUGCCAUAGGAUACAAGGGUGUCCUAAUUGCUGCAGGGGCAAAGAAAAGCAAUGAUUCCACAUUUCUCCCAUCACCAUCUGGGUCAAACAUGGAUGUCAAAUUAAAGUUUUAUCCCAUUGAUGUUGAUCUACAUCAAAUGCAGUCAGAUAAAGAGAUGAAUGAAUCUGCUGACUCAUCAGAAUCUGUGCACAGCAGCCAGUCCUCAAUUGAGUCUCCAAGGCAACAAACUGAAGUCAACACGGAGCAAGAACAAACAGAAAAUAUGUGUCUAAAGGACCAAAAUGAGAACAGUGUCCCUGAUCAGGUGUCCAAGGAGGGCAUACCUGGUGCAGACUUGUACCUCCCAAAACAGAAAACUCGGAGUGAACUCUGUGAUCCCUCGGACACAGACUCCGAAGUGUCACCAAGGGAGGUAACUCCUUAUUCUGAACAGACCGACAGUCAAGAUUCUGCCGUAUUUAAACAAUCAGAUGUGGAGGAUCUUCCUGUAGGAAACUCAGAGAAGCCUGAGCACCCAGUGCCAAAGAUGGUUUUGACUGAUGUUGUGUUAGCAGACAAUGAUUCAGAGUCUCCAAGAGAAAUAACAUUGUUGCCAUCUUCGGACAACACGUCAUCCAGGCCAAAAAUUGUGGAUCUUCGUAAAUCAAUCAGUGUUGAGAGUGACCUUGAAACAGAGAAGGUGGACUUCUCGGAACAGGAGCCAGUGUUUCGUAACAGUUUAAGUACAGCGGACAUUGAAGAAGAGGUGGAUGAAAUCACAGAGAGUUUAAAAUCCAAGUUACCGCUAGAUACAACUGUAAGCAGUAAUACAGAGAGGGGGGACAAUCCAGACGUGGAUGUUGAAGUUGAUGCUCCAACUGAGGGUUAUCAACAGCAGCUCUCAGACAAGGGGUGGAUGGACAAGUCGGAGAAUGAAGAAUCUAUGGACGAAGCCCUCAAGAUCGAGCUGAUGGAACAAGAAAUACUUGAGCAGAAUGAACACAUCAUUCAGUUGAAUGCUAAAGUCUCCAAGUUAUCACAAAUGAUAGAAGAGACCUCCCUAGUGUUCCCAACCAAAUAUCAAACUGUAGAAAAGCCAGAGACUUUGUUGGUGGUAUGCAGGUGCUCUAAUAAGAAAACUGUAAGGAAAACCUUUCUGCUGGACAAUGGCAGGCUGCCCCUGGAUGCUGUGAAGGCCAGCUUUAACCUGGAGACAUUGGAGAUUUUCCUAGAUGGUGAUCCCUGCACGGUAGCCAGUAACAUUGACGGAUACAUUCCACUGCGAUUCGAGCCAUUCUCCACAAUCAUUAUCCAAGGGAAGCAAUCCAAUCCCAUAGUUCCUAGUCAUCAUCACGACUCUGACUCAGAUCAGCAGGACUUUAAACUUCACGAUUCCAGUAACAAAAGUGAUUGUUAACGCAGUGUUUUAGCACUUUUAAAUUACGGUAUAACGGGUAUUUUCUGCAGUUGUUUAUUUUUUGCGGAAUUUUGCAGGUAUAAAAAAUCCACAGAAAUUCUACUCAAUCCAAUAAAAAUCACACUAACUCCAUGUGAAUUAUAUUUUAGCAUUAUUAUACAUCUCCAAAAAUACACACUCAAAAGGUAACAAAUAAUCAGACGUGAUU